AAAAAAUAUCGAGCAUGAAAGAGGAGAAAAAAUUCUCAGUCUCUGGUGACGGUACGUGGAAAAAGCGUGGGUUCAAGUCACUGUAUGGUGUAACUACGCUCAUCGGCUACUACUCUGGUAAAGUGGUCGAUUUAGUUGUGAAAAGCAGUUACUGCCAAGGCUGUACGUUCUGGAAAAAUAAGACUCAUACGAAAGAAUAUGAGGAAUGGUUCGAAGAUCACGAAGAAAAUUGCUUGAAGAAUCACGAGGGCUCCGCGGGAAAAAUGGAGGUUGAUUCUAUGAUAGAAAUAUUUUCCAGAUCUGAAGAGAAAUUUGGCGUAAGGUAUGGCAAUUAUAUAGGUGAUGGGAAUUCAAAAACUUUUAAGGCCAUUCUAGAACUAAGUCCUUAUGGUGACGAGUUAACUGUUGUAAAAAGUGAAUGCAUUGGCCACGUAGAGAAAAGAAUGGGCCCCAGACUCCGAAACGUGAGAAAAGAAAAAAAACUUUCCGGAAGAGGCAAGUUAACGGAUAAAGUUGUCAAAAAACUCACGAAAUAUUAUGGUUUGAGCAUUCAAAGAAAUGUAAAUAGUGUUGAAAAUAUGAAAAAAAGAGAUUACGGCUACUUUCCAAAAUUGGAAGAUCUUUCACCCUUACUUCACAAAAGUAUCCAAAAGCAUCUCCUGCCAAUUUAUCAAGAUUUGUCCAGAGAUGAUUUGUUAAAAAGGUGCUUGGGAGGCCAUACCCAAAAUGCAAACGAAAGCUCCAACUUGACGAUCUGGCGAUUGGCUCCAAAACAUUUGCAUUCUGGCUUAAAAAUUGUUGAAAUUUCGGCCUACAUCGCUGCUGGUAUAUUCAAUGAUGGCUUCUCUUCGAUCUUAAGGAUUAUGAAUGCGUUGGACAUAGUUGUUGGCACCAACUGCAGAGUUUUCGCCGAAACCUCGGAUGAGGCGCGAAUUGUACGGUAAAACAGAUUGAGUCUUUCUGAGACAAAAGAAGCUCGUACUGCCCGGAAAAAACAGCUGGCAGAAGAAAAUCAGCUUUUCGAGGAAGAAGAAGGUCUGCUGUACGCGCCUGGCAUCGCUGAUUAAUCGAUCAACAGCAGAAGAGUGACAACUACAGCACUUUUCGAUGUCACGGAAAACAGGCGUUCGAAGACCCUUAAUAACGCAGCCAUUUUGUGUAUCAUCGCAACAAAAAAAUUCCUUCCAAACUUGAAUACUUCAAUAAAAUUAUGUUAAAAUUUGAAAA